UCAGUGAGUCGUUUCUCUUACUCAUCCGGCAGGUGGCAGUACAAUCCCGUAGAUUUGUAAUAAUCCCGGAUAUGGAAAGGAAACGGUUGUAAACAGAACUCGCAAAUUGUCUUGGUUUUAGCUAGCUAAAUGAGCUCACGUUAACAACUGAUUAAGUAUGUAUUUAUGUAUUUCUGACAGCUAGUGAAUAACCUUAUUAUCCAGAGCUACAUGGGAAGCAUUAAUUUAGCUUUAGAUGUAGUUGGAUCAUUUAAACGUGGGCUAGUACAAGAUUUUAGGACGAUAUAUUUUAAUAAGAUGUUAGUCAGGUAACGUUAAUUUCUGCGUACAUUCUACUGGCUAACUACGUGAACAGGAUAUGAACUUUAUAUAAUCUAUGCGUUUAAAAAGACCGAUAGCUCGACAAUGUUAGCCAAGUUGCUAACCUCCAUGUUAGAGAAGUGCUAGUGAGCUAUCGAUAGCUAGUGUUAACUUACUAGCUAAUUACAUUAUGAUCUGCGUUAGUUUUCAUGUUGCCUUUUUCAAUAUUAUUUUUGUGUCAGGUUGCAUUAAAUCUGCUUUUUAUCUUGCCACACAAUGAUAAAAUGCUUAUCAAAGGAAGUCCAAGCCAGGCUUCGCUCUGGAAUAGCAAUAUUUUCAUUACAACAGUGUGUAGAAGAACUCGUUUUGAAUGGCAUAGAUGCUGGGGCAACAUGUAUUGCUGUAAGGCUGGAUAUGGAAGCAUUCAAAGUGCAGGUAAUAGACAAUGGCUCUGGGAUAGGCAGGGAAGAUAUGGAGCAUGUAGGAAAGAGGUACUUCACAAGCAAAUGCAGUUCCUUAGAAGACCUAGAGUGUCUUCGGUUUUAUGGAUUCAGAGGGGAAGCUGUUGCAAGCAUAGCCUCUCUUGCUACCCUGGUGGAAAUUGCCUCCAGGUCCAGACUGACAGGAAAAACCUUUGUGAAAAUCUUCAGAGAUGGGAAGGGCAUGGAUGUGUUUGAGUCUGAGAGCUGUCGCCCAUCCGCCGGGACAACUGUGGUGAUAUGCAACUUUUUUCACAACAUGCCAGUGAGAAGAAAGAGGGUGGAUGUGGUGCUGGAAUGUGAGCGCAUCAGGCAGAGGGUGGAGGCCGUUUCACUUGUGCACCCUUCCAUCUCCUUCACCCUGAAGAAUGACUGUACCGGAGCCAUGGUGGUUCAGCUUCCCAAGGCCAAGAGCACCUACUUCAGGUUUGUCCAGAUCCAUGGGAUGGCAAGGGCACAGAAGCUGUCAGAAAUUAGUCUCAAGCACAGCCAGUUUGAAAUGAGCGGCUACAUUGGGCGUGAGGGACACUACAACAACAGUCUACAGUUCCUGUUUGUGAAUGGCAGACUUGUCCUGAAGACUCGCAUCCACAAACUGCUGAACUUUCUCCUGAAGAAAAUAAAUGCUUCGGGCAGGCAAAAUGGAAACCAGGGUGGGUCCCCCGCGAUGGGGAGUCCUAAGCAACGAGCAGGGGCUGAGGUGCACGGUAUGUACAUUAUUAAUAUUAAGUGCCAUUACUCUGAGUAUGACAUAUGCCUGGAGCCAGCUAAGACCCUUAUUGAGUUUAAAGACUGGGACAGUGUGCUGUCAUGCGUGGAGGAGGGGGUCAAAGAGUUCCUUACCAGAGAGAACUUGGUGGCUGAAAUCUCUCCUGAGGAUGUCUGCAGUUACGUCCAUGAUAAUUAUUUUACUGAACCGAUGACCAGCACUAUUAAUGAAGACAAUGCAGCUGUGCAUGCUAUUGCACCCACACUCAGUAUUACUGAGGAAUUAUACAAUGGGAAUAAGCUGAUGUCUAAAGCUGUUCACAGGAUGCUUGAACAGGAUUCAGAUAAGGCAAAAAGUGUCCACGUAGAUGAGGAAGGCAAUACCAUGGCUGAAGAGGAAAAGAAGCUGAGAGUAACUGAGAUUCCAAGAGACCGAGAACUAACAGUGGAACAUGUCUCCCUGGAAGUAGCAAGCAUAUCCGAUUCAUUUGAUUCAGAGAUCAGUGAAAGGGCAAUUAAUUGUGAUUUGGUUGCAGGGACAAGUUCACAGAAAUCUGAGUCCCUGAAAUGCAUUAUAGAUGACAUGGUGAGCAAUCAUAAUGUACAACUAGAAAAUGCUGUAGGUACCACUGAUUUGGGAUGUAGUGAAAUACAAUGUUGUGCAAACACAAAAACUGUGAUAAGGGGUGAACAGCAGAGCAGGAGCCCAAAAAAGUGUGAAGAAAAAGUAGAUGACAUAGGGGUGUGGCACUCAAAAACACAUGAGAGAAAAAUGAAUGAAUGUUGCAGUGUAGGGAAGCUGCAAAACACCAGUUUGGAAAAGCAGAGGGGUGAGGCAAGUGACUCAGGGAGGACAGCACUGCGGUUUGGCUCGGUAGGAUUCAUCAAACACUUGGUACCUCCGCUGCAAAAUGCAGAUGUACCAAAAACCAGUGUACCAGGUACGGUAUGUUCCCUAGGCCCAGUUUCAGCUCAGGAUCUGCUGCCACUCAAGGAGUGCCACUUCAGAGAUUAUGGGAGUUCAACUUUAGGGAUGGUACCUUCAAGUCACUCCAAAAGUCUGUCAACUCAUAAAAGAGACAUUUACCAAACCAGUGUGAGUUCAGCUUUUGAAGCUCAGGAAAAUCCGCUUUUGGCACCAAAGAGAAAGCUUUCAUUGUCAGUUGAGUCCUCGGUCAUCACAUCAAAGGCCUCCAGGAUCAAGCCUUGUCCAAAACUGGCUUUGUCAGUGCAGACUGGAUCUCUUGACAGGUUCAGAAGAAUGCAUGGAAAGCAGACAGGAGCUCAAUGUCAUCCUCUAGAAACUGCAGGAUGUAAAACAUCACUUGAUGCCAUAUCAUCCCAGACAGAAUGUACCUUUGUUAAUGCUGAGAAGCUUUCACUCUGUCAGUAUGAGAAAAGGGAUACAAGUGAGACUUUGAAAACAUACUCUUUACAGCCAAGCGAUUGCUGUGUAACUCUCUCAGAGUACACUAGACUGAAGCCUUUUACUGCUCAGACCAGAAGCAGCAAAGGGUCCCUGGCGUCCAAGCUCUCACACUUGAAAGAGAAUCGGGUGAAGGAUAAGAGAAGUGCACUGGAAAGGCCUCUGGGGGAAGCUUCAGAUUUUUUCAGCUCACUCAAUUCUGCCUUGACAGACACGCUCAUGCAAGAUAGUUUCAAUACAGAAGAGCAGACUUGCACUCCCCUGUGUUCAGCUGACGAUGUCGCCCUUGACAUGAACGCUAACUAUCAGCAAUCUCAGAUGGAGCUGCACUGUGAUAAAAGUGACAGCACAAAGUCUGCAGAGUUCUGCAAAAAUGCAUUCACCACUACCCCAAAUGUGCCCACUCCUGUGCUCUCUGUUGGAGACUCUAUUGCUGACUCAGUGCAAAUGGCAACCAACCAUUAUCCAGAUGUGUGUUCAAAUGAAGUGGUAAACUCUUUUGAGAAAGAUGGACCUCUUUGCACUGAUACUACCCCGGAAGAAAACGAGCAAAGUGAAACCAGUGAUUGGCUGGAGCUUUUUGAUGAUUCCAUUGGGAAGCUGGUCUACAUUAACAAAAGGACAGGACUCAGUAAAUAUGAAGCGCCUGUUGUGGAAGAGACCCAGGUUCCAUGUACCACAGAUGUCACCACCAUGUCAAUUAGUGUCAUCUCUAGAAAAGGGUUUGAGUACACAUGCUACCCAUUUCAGUCAGAGCUAGUGCUGCCGUUCCUGCCUAGGUCAAGAGCAGAGAGAGUACUUAGUUCAGGGCUUGUCCAUACAGAUGCUACAGAGGCUUCCAACUCACUUUCCUCCAUGUUCUCUGAGUGGUCCAACCCAGUGUUUGUUCGACCUCCAGAGGUGGCUGUGGAUGUGACCAGUGGACAGGCAGAAGGCCUGGCAGUGAAGAUCCACAACAUUCUCUUCCCUUACCGCUUCACCAAAGACAUGAUCCACUCCAUGAAGGUGGUCCAUCAAGUGGAUAAGAAGUUUCUUGCAUGUCUGAUUAACACGAGAGACAUGGAUGCAGAGAGUGGUGAUUCUGAAGGAAACUUGCUGGUGUUGGUGGAUCAGCAUGCUGCUCAUGAGAGGGUUCGGCUGGAGAACCUUAUUACAGAAUCAUAUGAGGAAGACCCUGAGACACCUGGGCAGAAGCGCUUGUGUUCCUCCAGCGUGACUCCGCCCCUGGAGAUUGAGGUCACAGAGGAGGAGCUCAGGCUACUGAGGUCCUGUCAGCCUUUCCUGAGAGGCCUAGGACUGGAAAUAAGGUUUUCAGAGACAGGGGACCCUCAGUUGCUCGUGGGGAAGGUGCCGAUGUGUUUUGUGGAGAGAGAGGCCAAUGAGCUUCGCAGAGGGAGGCAUACUGCUACCAAGGCAAUUGUGGAGGAAUACAUUCGAGAACAGAUUGAGUUAUUACGGUCUACAGGCCGGGUGAGAGGGACACUGCCUCUAACUGUCCUGAAGGUCCUUGCUUCUCAGGCCUGUCACGGAGCAGUCAAGUUCAAUCACAGUCUGAGCAUGGAGGAAUGCUGCAGCCUCGUGGGCUCCCUCUCUGCCUGCCAGCUCCCAUUCCAGUGUGCCCACGGCCGGCCCUCUAUGGUCCCCCUGGCUGACCUGCUCCAUUUGGAUAACUAUCAGCAGGAAUCUCCCAAACCAAACCUCCGAAAACUCAGACGGAUGUAUCGAGCCUGGGAACUAUAUGGAAAGAAAUAGUUUUUUUUAACUGAUACAAUGUAAAAGGUGCAUUCCACAAACAUCUUGUGGAGUUUCCUCAAGUAUUUAUUUUUGAGUUGCCAUUUCAAUGCAGAUUAUCUAAUUUAUUCAUAUUACCCUUUCAUCACCCUUGUACACAAUGGACUGAGAGUAUGCAUUUAAAUAUUAUCGCAGGUUCACCUUAAUAUAAUUUCAUGUGUUUCUCACAUGUGUAUAUGCAUGUCUGUGUGUGUGUGUAUAAGGAGUUUUUACAAGACUGAUUCUAAAUUCUUGGUGCCAGUGAAUCACUUUUUCUGGGUUUGUUUUCCAGAGAACAACUCAAAGACCCUUUGAUGAAUGAAAUACUCAGAUGUAUGUAGCACUGAAAAAAGGACACAGAUGGUUGGAUUAAAUGCUGUUUUUUUAAAUUUA